AACUCAAAAUGUUGAGGAGCACCGGCUAUCCUUUCUCUUUCCCCUCUUGUCCUCAUGGCGUGUCCUUAGCGGCUAGCCUCGCACAUCGCCCUCCCCUCCCGUAUCGGCAGAGUUAACGAACGAUGGUGUCAUACAGUGAUGCCUCGCCGACAUCGAGAUCCAACAACAGUAACAUUCCGGGCUUUACCGUCAACACACCCGGAUCCAAUGGCGUGGAUUCGCGGACGUCUUCGGUAUCAUCGAGGGAUGGCGACGACGACGAGACAAACACAGCAGAGGAGGAGGAUUACGAGGACUACUGCAAGGGCGGGUAUCACCCCGUGCAGGUCGGAGAAACCUUCAAGGAGGGCCGAUACGAGGUUAUCCGGAAACUGGGAUGGGGCCACUUCUCGACCGUCUGGCUAUCCCGAGACAACGAGUGCGGGCGCCAUGUUGCGUUAAAGGUUGUUCGGAGUGCUGCUCACUACACCGAGACUGCACUGGACGAGAUCAAGCUCUUGCAGCGGAUAGUCACGGCGAAUCCGGACCACCCGGGCAAGGCGCACGUGGUGCAGCUGCUGGAUUCCUUCGAACACCGAGGACCCAACGGCUUGCACGUUUGCAUGGUCUUUGAGGUGUUGGGCGAGAACCUUUUGGGACUCAUCAAGCGCUACAAUCACCGCGGAAUUCCCAUGCCGCUGGUGAAGCAGAUUGCUAAGCAGGUGCUAUUGGGACUCGACUACAUGCAUCGCGAGUGCAACAUCAUUCACACCGAUCUGAAGCCGGAGAACGUCCUGAUCGAAAUCGGCGAUGUCGAGCAGAUCGUCAAAACUUACGUGCACGAUGCGGACGUCAAGAAGGGUCCCGGGCCUAACGGUCCCGGGUCGGAUAAGGGCGACAGGAACGGAAGGCGACGGAGGCGGACUCUCAUCACCGGCAGUCAACCGCUGCCGAGUCCCAUCUGCUCGUCCUUCGCUCAUCGUCAUGAGGAGCUGUUGUCGCAUGUCGUCGCUGGUUCGAGCCUGAAGACCAACAGCCAGAGCUCGCUGAGCAAAUUGAUGAGUUCUGCGAGGGGGUCGAGGACCGCGAGCGCGGACUCUUCGCCUACUGCUAUUGCACGAAACGGUGGUAAGGAGGAUGAGGCGAAUUACAAGUCGAGGGAGCGAACAGCCGACGUCAUGGCGCGGGAGAUUUCCGGCAUCACACUCGAUAAGUCCGAGUUGAACGAGGAUCUACCAGAAAUUGGAAUCAUCUCUGUCAAGAUCGCGGAUCUCGGAAACGCGUGCUGGACCAACCAGCACUUCACGAACGAUAUCCAGACUCGACAGUAUCGAUCACCGGAGGUCAUUCUCGGAGCCAAGUGGGGUGCUAGCACGGAUAUCUGGAGCAUGGCGUGCAUGGUAUUCGAGUUGAUCACGGGCGACUACCUCUUCGACCCCCAGUCGGGCACAAAGUACGGCAAGGACGACGACCACAUCGCGCAGAUCAUCGAGCUCCUCGGCAACUUCCCGCGACACCUCUGCAUGAACGGCAAAUGGUCGCUCGAGAUCUUCAACCGCAAGGGCGAGCUGCGGAAUAUCCACCGACUCCGACGCUGGGCGCUGCCGGACGUGCUCAGGGAGAAAUACCACCACCAGGCCGAGGAAGCAGUACAGAUCUCGGAGCUCCUGAUACCCAUGCUCGAGCUCAACCCCGAGCGUCGUGCAAACGCCGGCGGUAUGAGCAAUCACGAGUUCUUGGCCGACGCCGCGGGCAUGGAGGACAAAAGCGUGGACGUCCCCGUGGGCAGUCGGGGCGGCAUCGAGGGAUGGGCUUCGGAGGUCAAGAAGAGAUAGGCGAGGCGAGGGGAGGGGGGAGAUAGAUAGAUUUCUUAUGACUGGCUCGUUUUCGUUUCUCUUUUCUCAACAACAAAGUUCUUUUUUCUCUAUUUUUCCUUUCUUUUCUUUCCGUGUCCUGCUUUGUCAAUCUGGGAUUGUAAUUGUGGAUUUUUUUUUACUAUUGUGUCGUAUCGACGAAACGUACGUGCUGUUCCUUAUCUUUUUUCAUGCAUGCGCUUGCUGCGAAAUCGCGGCAGGCUACAGUUUAAAUCCGCAUCGCAUACGCUAUACUAUACUUCCAGAGUGCCCUGAGUUCUGAGUGGGUGUGUGAUAUUUCUGGGAGGAAGGGGAGGGUGAGGAGGGGGGGAUGAUAUGGG